ACCAAAACCACAGAAAAGGAAACAGCUCUUUUUUACAUUCCUCUUCUGCUAGCAGAAAUUGUUUGUGUGAGCAUAUCAAGGACAGCAUCAUGUGAUUUGGAAGGAUUUCAAAGCUGAAACCACACUGUGGUUUGGUUCAGUGUCGCUCAGCAGGUGGACUUAAUUCUUGGAUUGCGUCUGAGACGAGACUAAAAUGUUUUUUUUAGGUCGAAGACUCCUCACUCUGGGUUGCGAUCUCCUCUUUUGUCUACUCCUAGAUUGUAUGUCUGCAGAAAGCAUCAUAGUCACAGUGGGAGAGGAUGUGACUUUGAUAUGCAACUAUGAUGCUAAGUACUACGGCAAGCUUUCUGCAUGCUGGGGUCGAGGAGCCAUCCCCAACAGUGGCUGUGCCAAUGAGGUGAUCAAGUCAGAUGGUACAUCAGUGAUCAGCAGACUGUCCGAGCGGUACCUGCUCAGGGGUAAUGUUGGUGAGGGUGACGUGUCGCUGACCAUAAGGCAGGUUGAGGAAAGCGACUCUGGGACGUAUGGCUGCCGUGUGGAAAUACCAGGCUGGUUUAAUGAUCACAAACACGAGCUGACUCUGACUGUAGUUGCAGUACGGCCUAAUGCCCUGAAGGUGGAGACAAGAGAGGUAAAGGAAAGAACUGUCACUGUUCGCUGGGAUCCUGUGUUUGAUGGCGGCAGGCCCAUUACAGACUACAGGAUUGAUCUAAAAAACAAACAGGCAUCCUGGGAUACUGCAGUGACAACUGAAGUCUCAAAUCCUCAACUGACUCAACUGACUUUGGUGGAUUUGCGUCCAGCCAAAACCUACAACCUUCGCAUGUUUGCCAUCAACAGUGUGGGCAUGAGCGAAGCCAGCAAUGUUCUGACGGUCACAACGAAAGAAGCAGCACCUGAGGGUCCUCCCCUGGAUAUGCAGCUGGAGGCCCUCACUUCUCACAGUAUCAAAGUCACUUGGAAGCCUCCGAGGCUCGAUCAAAGAAACGGGGUUCUUCGGAGUUACAGCAUUAGCUACAGAGAGUACGACCCCGCAGGCAGACAGUUCAAAAGGUGGCAGCACGUAAGUGUGGCGGCCACACGAGAACUAGAGAGCAUCAUUCUCAACAACCUGAAACCUUCUGCCAAAUACGGCGUGAUUAUACAGGCCAAAACAAAUGCAGGAAUAGGACCGUCUUCGACUGCACCGCUCUGCUCCACUCUGGAUGAGGUUCACACAACUUCAACAGUAUCCACUAUUAAGUCUACUUCCACUGCUGCCACAAUUUGGAUACAAGACACUACACGUUCUAUUUCAGUUCACACAACCUCAACAAUUGAGACUGUUACUGCUGCCACACUUUGGGGAGAAAGCACCACAAGUAUCACAUCAGUGCCCCCGGAUCCCCCAGUGGUGGAGUUAAAAGAGGUCAAAGACAAUACGAUUUCCCUUUCAUGGACUCCUGGGUUUGAAGGUGACAGCCCCAUCACAGGCUAUUACCUGGAGUGUAAAGCCGUUAACGCCUCAUGGGAUUACAGAAAGACAGUUGUUGACUUUAGCCCAAAUCAGACAGAGGCCACGAUUAUAGAGAUAAAUCCCUCCACAUACAACAUUCGCAUGUUUGCUAAGAACAGUCUGGGCGCCAGUAGAGCUAGCAAUGUCCUCACCAUCACCACUGGAGAAGCAGGUCAUCCGAGGGGUGAUUUCCCUGCCACCAUUUCUACUGACACUCAUGCUGCUGCGAGCGUUGAGGAGAGUCAAAGUGGUCACCUAGCCGCCAUCUUAGUGCCAGUGGUGCUGGUGGGGUUGGUUGUUGCCAUAGUUACCACAUGGCAACUUCGACGUUUAAAACAGAAAAAAGGCAGCCUGAACAUGUGGCUGACCAAUGGAGCGCUACGCUACAGAGGCUCUGAGUCACUACAAGAGCUGUAAAACUCUGAGUUACUCUAUAUUUGACCACAAGGCUAAAUAUCACAAAUAAGCAGUACAUUUUAUGAAAUUUGCAAAAUAAGAUUUUAUAUAUGUAUACGUGUUUGUUUUGUAUGUCAUUGGGAAAAGAAACAGAAUCUACUACAACUUCAACUGCAAGUUGACUAACCAAAAGAAAGAGUAGUCACUCAUUUCUAACUACUCACUAAAUAACUGUAAUCACAUUAAAGGUUAGAUUUAAAAGGUCAUGUAAUAGCUUACGAAAAGUUAUGCACACAUUUUCGUGCUUUAUCCUACAAAUGUCCAUUAACAUCAAGCCUCUACAGUGCAGAACCUGUUUAGGCAACAAAACUACUUGGGUGGGUUUAGGAAAAGAUCGUGGGUUAAAAUUUGGGUUAAAAUGUUGACUUUUGGUUUUAAACGGGACAGAAACAGCGGUCACCUGGGUGAAAGAAGAAAUCCACAAUGACCUCCUCCCUAUGCAGACUUUGUCUUUAUACCACAUUGUCUGACUUUCUCCUCGAGACAGCCCUGCACGUCCUGGCUAAUGAUUACUCGGGUUGUAUAUAAUAUAAAGUAGUGCAUUACUUUCCGUAGGUAAAAGUAUGGCCAGUGAAUGAGAACAGCCUAUAUCACAACACCAGCACGGUGUUGCUGAGAUUUGCCUUUACUUCCCAUAUUUUUCUGUUGGAGCAACUUUUUAAUUAAUUAAUUUGUUUUUUGUUGUUUUUUUCUUUUGCUAACAAAACAUGUUCUUUACAUUUUUAUAGCCAUCAACCGGUCACUAAAUGACCCUUAAUAUUUUUUAUAUGACUUUGUGUAAUGACAAAAAUCAUAAUUGCCAUUUUUCUUUAGGCUAUAAUAAACAUCCAAUGUGUUUAUUCAUCAA